CGUAGUAUAGCUCUCGGCUAGCUGCUAAUGCUCACGAUUUCCGCAAUUUUCUCGGCAUUCUUGUCUGUUCUGUGGAAUACCCCAGAAAGUUUCGCCUCGGUGGUGGAUUUCAGAGUUCACGUCAAAGGUGUGAUUCAGCAGCACUUCCCAACAUGGGAAUGAUGACUGGAAAGGUUUCUUCAGCUGCCUGGAGAUGACCUGCCACCCUUUCGGGAAUGGUCAGAAUGGGGCCAGAUGUGCCCCUUCUCAAUGAGUACAAGCAGGAGUUCUUCUGGAAGCGCUUCCCACAGACAGUGUUGGGGGGUCCGCGCUUUAAGUUGGGUUACUGCGCUCCGCCCUACGUCUACGUUAAUCAGGUCGUCCUUUUCCUGACGCCAUGGCUUUUCGGGGGUGUCGGCACACUCCUCUGCCAGUUGCAGCUUCUCCAGGAGCUGCACGCUGCCAUGCUCUCCGGCGCGCUGAUGUUUGCGGUGGCGGCGGGGGUCCAGGCUGUGGCGUUGUAUGCCGGACGACGGAGCGGUGUCGUGGAGAGGUUUGGUGCGCCCAACACCCUAGUGGAUGAAGAGGAAGUGGAGUUUACUCACUGCGUCAGUCCAGAGACGGUCCGAUUUAUUGCUCCCGGGAAGAGAUUUGGGCUGAAUGUGGUGAUGCAUACGGUACUGGCUGGGCUGCUAUGUGGUUUCGGGACAUGGUACGUGCUGCUUGGCAGACUGACCGCUCUGUACGGCAGCAUAGGUGCGUCACUGGUCGUCUUUGUCCUAAGUUGGGUGACUGUGUGCAUAGCGGAAUAUUCCCUGGUUGUCAAUACAGCCACAGAGACUGCUACCUUCCAGGCACAGGACACUUAUGAGAUUAGCCCACUCACCCGACCACUCUACAUCUUCAUUUUCAUUGUUGUGGACUUGACCGACAGGUUCUUGGGCCCAGUUCCUGAGCUCCAACUUGCCAGCCAGGUUCUUCAUGUGCUUUUCCUCUUCCUACCUCUGCUGUGGGCACUGGGGAUACUUCCUCCCCUGGACGCCUUGUUCCUCUGGGGCAUGGAGCAGGGGCUUGUGUUUGGAUUAGGAGGCUCCCCCAUGUCCAGUAACUUCAGGUUGCUGUUGAUGUUUGGCGUUUCUGCUGGCGUAGCUGUCUGCAAUUACUUCAUCCCAUCAACACUGGGAGUCGUCCUCUUCUCCACUGCAACGGGAUUCCUGCUGAGCUUGGACCUCAGCCAGGUUGGCACCCUCUGCCAUGCUCCCAGGACCGAGUGCAAGGAUUACGGCCUGCGCAGAGGGGGGUCACCCCCGCCUCUUCUUUCCAUCACCUUUGGCUGGAAUCUGGGCUGCCGGGAGGUGUUGUUGUAUGUGAGCCUGUUGUUGGCAGCCCUGGCAGAAGCAGGCCUGUUGCAUCACUUCCACAGUUCGGUUCAGUCCCAGAGUUUGGUCAAAGCACCGCAGGCUCCUGUCAGCUACCUCCUCUUGGUCCUCUUCUCACUCUGCUGGCUUCUCAGAGAGAUCCAGGGGGCCUAUGUGUGUGCCGGCUUAUUACUCAAUCCGGUGUACCCUAAAGGCAUGUCCAGUGUGCAGACUUUCAAGCAGAAGAACAGAGGCUUAUUCAUUGCAGCAGCCAUCAGAAGAGUCCUCCUUGGUCUUGUUUCUCCAUUUGCAUUGAUUGCUUUCCUGUCUAUGGACAAAUCCCUACAGCAGCUCCAUGGGGUGCCUCUCAGUGUGGGAUUCACACGAGCUUUCAGAAUGGUGUGGCAAAGCUCAGAGGAUGCUUUACUGCAAGUGGUUGUGGUCAUCAUUGUGCGUCUUGCAGCUGGAAACAACAGGCUGCCUGGCUGGGACAGCCUGGGCACAGGGGUUCAGCUUCUACUGAUUGGCCUCCUGAUGGAUAGACUGACCCAGUUCCUGGCCAAGUUAAAGUUCACUCUCACUGUGUUGGUGACAUCAUGGACCGAGAAGAAGCAGCGGCGUCAGUCGGCCGGAACUCUCCUGGCGCUCAACGCCUCCCUCUGCCCGCUGCUGUUGGCUGUGGUGACCCUGUCUGCCCUGCUUUCCGCCCCCCUGCUGCCCCUCUUCACACUGCCCAUCUUCCUGGUGGGCUUCCCCAGGCCUCAACGCAGUUGGCCGGGACCCGUCGGUACCGCCUGUCCGUGCCCAGACUCUAUCUUCUACCAGCAAAUGAGCGGAAGUCUGGCUUCUGCCCUGAGGACCGCCUUUGCAAGAGGGUCUCUGGGUUCUUUAGCACCAGGCUCUCACUUUCUCGGCCGCUUUCAGGACCGCAUGGUUUGGAUCGUGAUUCUGGAGAGAGGAUACGGCUACUGCACCGUCAAUAUUAAGGGUUUGGAGCUACAGGAGACUUCUUGCCACACGGUAGAAGCCCGCAGGGUGGAUGAGGUUUUUGAGGCUGCUUUCGAGCGCCCGGAGCGUCUUGGGUUGACCCAGGGUUUGAACCUGCACUGGGCCAAUGCUCUCACACCUUGCGCAGUGCUGGCAGUACGCGUCUACUCGGACGCCCGCAACGUCCUCUCGGGCAUCAUUGACUCUCACGACAACCUGAGGAAGCUUCAGGAUGACUUUCUGAAAGCCUUGGUGUGGUUGCUUCUGCGUUAUUGCGUUAGGAAGCAUAAAGGCUCUCUGUGGAGCUGUGAAGAAGGGAUGGGAAUCGGUGGCCGGAGGUCGCAGUCUUCUCAACAGGCGCAGAUUACAUGCAACCAACUGCCUGAGGCUAUCGUGGUGGAAUCCAAGGUGUCUUCCCUCAGAUUCAGACAGGACAGCUCCAGCCUGACAUCUUUUGGCGACUGGUCGGAUGAGGAUGAUCUAUUUGGACCUCAACCAGCCAGGCGGACAGUGGCCUUGGUGACCGCUGAGGCCCAGUCUGGACACACAAUGCUGCAGACAGGAGCCUCUCUUCCGGGCUCUGUAGAGAUGGACAGUCUUUUUGAAAACAUGGCCCUCUCUGCCCUGCAGCCAUUGCAACCUUUAGGACUGGGCAUCGGGAUGCCAGCGGUCGACAAAGGUCACAACCCGGAGAUCUUCAAAGAGAGUCCCGGCUCACUCCGCCAGCUGACGUUCAGCUGUCCCCAGUCCGAGGUGUUCAACCUGCCAACGGGAUGGAGGACGGCGCCGUUGUUACCGAGCCGGCUGCUGCAGCUCAGACCUUUAUUCCCCGAGGACUGGUACAGAUUUGCCUUGGGCCAGUUCGGACCCGUUGUGCAGAGCGAGACCUCCGAGGACAUGACCAAAGCGCUGAAGGAAGACGAAACCUUGAAGGACCUCCACGCUCAGGUCGCACUCUCGUGUCUGGUGUCGCUCGGGGCGGAGUCGGCCUUUACCAGCCCCAGUUACAUCUACAGGCUCUACUGUGGAGACGUACCGUGGACAGAAGGCCUCGAGUGGCUUUCCUCCAGCAAAGAACUCCAUCAGCUCGCCCUUAGGGCUUUCAGGUUUAGUUUCAAGCUCUUGUUCGAUCAAGCAAGCCUUGGGCCCAUGGAGUCCCCCGAGGAGAUGUUCAGUGCCUUGGAGGAAUAUGAAAGGGACUGGUACAUUGGAUUGGUGUCUGAGAAAGGCUGGCAUGAUAGCAUCCUUCAGGAGAAGCCCUUCCUCUUCUCUUUAGGACACGACCUCUCUAUGGGUACCUACACUGGGCGAGUGCUGUCUUUGCAGGAGCAGCUGGUGCAAGUGGGCCGAUUGAACGGCGAGGGGGUGCGAGGCCAGUGGGCCAACCUUUCCUGGGAGCUCCUGUAUGCCACUAAUGAUGACGAGGAGCGCUACAGCAUCCAGGCUCACCCCUUCAUGUUAAGGAAUCUGACUGUCCAGGCAGCCGACCCCCCUCUGGGGUAUCCCAUUUACUCAUCAGCACCCCUUCACUUCCCCUGCCUCUGACCACAGCGGUGGAGAUAGAUUUUUCACUCUCACCGCAAGUUUUCAUGUCUUACCAGUGAGGACUUAUGAAAAGACAACAGGGAUUUCCCCCCCUAGAAUGAUGGAAUAUUGACAACUUGUUUUUUUUCAUAUUUGCAUUUAUUUAUCAUGGUGCUUUAGUCCAGUACCACAGAGGAAAAAGCAAACGUACAUUGAAGUUGUAAAAUUCACAUUAGAACUGACACAUCGACCAGUUACAUGUGGCAGAACAUUUAAAAGGGUUUUUAAACAGGAUAUACAGUGGGUACGCAAAGUAUUCAGACCCCCUUAAAUUUUUCACUCAUUUUUAUAUUGCAGCCAUUUGCUAAAAUAAGUAUUUUUUUUUCUCCAUUAAUGUACACACAGCACCCCAUUUUGACAGAAAAAAACUGAAUUGUAGAAUUCUUUGCAGAAAAAUUUAAAUAUCAUACAGCCAUAAGUAUUCAGACCCUUUGCUCAGUAUUUAGUCGAAGCACACUUUUGAGCUAAUACAGCCAUGAGUCUUUUUUGGAAAUGAUGCAACAAGUUUUUCACACCUGGAUUUGGGGAUCAUCUGCCAUUCAUCCUUGCAGAUCCUCUCCAGUUCUUUCAGGUUGGAUGGUGAACGUUGGUGGGCAGCCAUUUUCAAGGUUUUUCCAGAGAUGUUCAAUUGGGUUUAAGUCAGUGCUCUGGCUGGGCCAUUCAAAAACAGUCACGGAGUUGAUCUGAAGCCACUUCUUCUGUAUUUUAGCUGUGUGCUUAGGGUCAUUGUCUUUUUUGAAGGUGAACCUUCAGCCCAGUCUGAGGUUCUUAGCACUCCGGAGAACGUUUUCAUCCAGGAUAUCCCUGUACUUGGCUGCAUUCAUCUUUUCUUCGAAAAGAAGAAAUGGACAGCACCGGAGUUAAAUGAGUGUCAGUGCAGAGGGUCUGAAUACUUAUUGCUGUGUGAUAUUUGUUUUUCUUUUUUAAUCUGCAAAAAUUUCAACAAUUCUGUUUUUUUUCUGUCAAUAUAGGUUGCUAUGUGUACAUUGAGGAAAAAAAUGAACUUAAAUGAUUUUAGCAAAUGGCUGCAGUAUAACAAAGAUUUAAAAAAUUGAAGGGGGUCUGAAUGUUUCCCAUACCCAGUGUAUAUAUACAGUAUACUAAAAGGCUGAUUGGAAGCUAAAUUCAGCAGGAGCACAUUGGUUUGGGAUUUAUUGUUUUUAAAUCAACUGCCCUUCACCAAAUACCUGUUUUUAAUUGUUACAAUAUUCAAAUAACCUUCCCUGUCUGGUAAAAAGGGACACAAAAUACAAUUAUUUGAAGAUAUCAAGGAUGUGCCUUGGGUAAGUCUUGCUGUAUGUGUUCAGUGCAAUUUGUUUACAGUUCACUUGUUUACAACUUGAAAAUAAUUUUGAUUGACCUUUGUUCAUUUUUAUAUGUCUAUCUGUAUAUAAUAAAAUUACUUGUAAGAAGCU